CCUCUCGCAGUCUCGCUCUCGCAUGUGGCUGCCCUCUCUCGUCUGCGGCUACCCUCUCUGGCUCUCUCGUCUGCGGCUGGCCGGCUGCCUGCCUGCAUCUCUCGUCGGCCGUCGCUCUCUGCGAGUCUGCGGCUCUGCCUCUCGCUACAGACUUGUGAGGUACGGGAAAAGAGGUAGAGGAAAGUAAUUUGCUGCAGAAACUAUCAGAAGCUUGCAUUGUUGAUUUCUCUUAGAUUGACUCUUCAACUGCACAAACAGGUCCUUUUAAAAAUUUGACUCUCCCACACACUCAUGGGUCAUUCAUUAUCAGACAGUCAAGCAUUACUUAGCUUUGUAUAGUUUCUAUUCCAUCAGCAAUUAUGUCUCGGAUAUGUGUCAAAAAUUUGCCAAAGCAUGCAACAGAGGAACGCCUUCGAGAUUAUUUCUCUCAGAAAGGAGAAGUGACUGAUGCCAAGCUCAUGCGGACCAGAGAUGGUAAGAGCAGACAAUUCGGCUUUGUUGGAUUCCGGAGUGAGAAAGAAGCUGCAGAAGCUCUCAAAUUCUUCAAUGGUUCUUUCAUGGAUACUUAUAGGAUUACUUGUGAGAUUGCUCGCAAGGUUGGGGAUCCAGAAAUGUCACGUCCAUGGAGCCGGUAUUCUCUGAAGAACCAAGAGAAGUCUGUUGAGAAAAAGGAAUCUGUUAGUUCUGUAAGGUCAAGUGGCAAAGUUACGGCUGAGGUGAAAAAUGACACCGAGAAUGGUGACCUUCAGUUUCAGGAGUUCCUUCAGGUCAUGCAACCCCGUACAAAAUCGAAGUUAUGGUCGAAUGAUCUUCUGGAAGCCGCCCCUUCUGGGGACCAAGGAAAAGAUAGUAAAGCGGAAGGCAAAAAGCAGUUGCAUUCAAAAUCUGCCAAGUUGGAUGAAAUCAAUGAUAGACCAGAUGGGGUUUCAGAUGAUCGAGUUGCUGAGAGGGCAAGUAGUGUGGAGCAUGAUAAAGCUGUCUCAGAUAUGGAUUACUUUAGAAGCCGGGUAAAGAAAGAUUGGUCAGAUACAGAUAGUGAUGAUGAUGUGAAUGGGGAUGUAGAGGAGGUUGAGAAUGAUGAUGACAAUCUCAAUAAAAGAAUCAACAAUCCUGGUAUUCAAAAAGGCCAGGGAAAGGGGCAACUUGAUUUUCCUAAAACAGAUGCUGAAGAGACUGUGGAUGAUGGGUCAACUGAAAAACUUGGUGACAUGGAUCAUGUGGAUGAACCAUCAUCAAGUUUAGAAGAUGAAGAUGAUGUCCUACAAACUGGUCGUCUUUUUGUUCGUAAUCUGCCAUAUACUGCUACGGAAGAUGAUCUACGAGAGCACUUCAGCAAGUUUGGCAGCGUAUCUCAAGCCCAUCUUGUGGUUGAUAGAGAUACAAAGCGAUCAAAGGGGAUUGCUUACAUUCUCUAUGCACUCCCAGAAUCUGCAGCUAGGGCACUAGAAGAUCUGGACAAUUCUAUCUUUCAAGGAAGACUACUGCACAUUAUGCCAGCAAAGCAGAAAAUUAUUCCUGUGAAAAAAGAUGAUUCCGCCAAUCAUUCAAAGACAUUUAAGCAACAGAGAGAGGAAAAGAGGAAGAAAUCUGAAAUUAGUGGAGAUACAAGAGCAUGGAACAGUUUAUUCAUGAGACCAGAUACUGUUGUCGAAAACAUUGCUAGGGAAUUUGGUACAAGUAAAAGUGAACUACUUGAUCGUGAAGCCUCCGAUGUAGCUGUACGUAUUGCAUUGGCAGAAACUCAAGUGAUUGCAAAGACAAAAAAGGCUCUUGUAAAUGCUGGUAUUAACGUAGCUUCGUUAGAGAAUUUUGCCAGUCAAAAAACAGAGGGUGUUAAAAGAAGCAACCAUGUUAUACUGGUUAAGAAUCUGCCCUAUGGUUCUUCUGAAAGUGAAUUGGCUAGCAUGUUUGGAAAAUUUGGGAGUAUUGACAAAGUUAUUCUCCCUUCAACCAAAACUCUGGGCUUGGUGGUUUUUCUUGAACCUGGUGACGCUCGUGCAGCAUUUAAAGGUUUAGCGUACAAGCGGUACAAAGAUGCUCCACUUUAUUUGGAGUGGGCCCCUGCUGACAUCCUUAGUCAAGAUCCAACGGCUGUUGCUGAUGAAAAUGAAACUUCAAUUGUGGGGGAACACGAAAGCAAGCGAGCAUUACUAGAGCAACAAUUGGAAGGAACAGCCAUUGCUGAUAUUGAUACAGAACGAGUUGAGUCACGGUCGCUUUUUGUCAAGAAUCUGAACUUUAGAACCACCGAUGAGAUUUUGCGGAAACAUUUUGUUGAGCACAUUAAGGAAGGAAAACUCCGUAGCGUCAGGAUAAAGAAGCACUUGAAAAAUGGGAAAAACGUCUCGAUGGGUUUUGGAUUUUUGGAGUUUGAUUCUGUGGAUACCGCGAUACAUAUUUGCAGGGAUUUACAGGGAACAGUUUUGGAUGGACAUGCUCUCAUAUUACAAUUAUGUCACGUUAAGAAUGAUGAGAGAGUGAAAGAGAAGGUGGACAAGGAUCAAAGUUCAACAAAGUUAAUUGUGAGAAAUGUAGCUUUUGAGGCUACGGAGAAAGAGUUGCGGCAAUUGUUUAGUCCAUUUGGUCAGAUAAAGAGUUUAAGGCUUCCAACAAGGUUCGGGAAGCAUAGAGGUUUCGCUUUUGUCGAGUUUGUAACCAAGCAAGAGACAAAGAAUGCCCUUCAAGCUCUAUCAAACACUCAUUUAUACGGGCGCCAUCUGGUGUUGGAGAGAGCCAAGGAAGGAGAGAGUUUGGAAGAGUUACGGGCUCGAACCGCUGCCCAAUUUGUGGACGAGAGUACUAGUUUUCAGAACCCAACAAAACUUUCUCUAAAGAGGAAGCAACUUGAUAUCUAGGAAAGGAUCAAGAUGGAAACAAGGAAAGGUUGGUGCUUAGAUACUAAUACUAUGCUCUUAGUAGCCAAGUUCAGUUUUGUAGAAUGCUACAUUGGAAAUUAGGAUCAUUUUUGCAUCUUUUUUUUUGGUGUUAUUUUGUAUUUCUUUCUUUAUAUACGUCGUCUAAAUGUAGGCAUGUCUUGAACUGUGUGUGCGGAGGAGUCUGGAUUGCGCUAUACGACCAUCCAACGUUCUAUGAACUUUGUAUAAACAUGUGGUAGCACUUAAUUGGGUGUUUUAUUACAAUUUUUUGAAGUUGGACUUAAUUUUCUUUU